CAACAAUGCAGGAUGCUUGUGAUUCUAUAACUGUGCCAAUCUUGGCUGAUAGUAAGAAAGGAACUACAUCAUUUUUCAAAACUAGUUUCAAUGGCCUAAAUUCUCUUCUAGGGAUCGCAGUUCUAUCAGUGCCAUACGCGCUGUCAUGUGGAGGCUGGGCGAGCUUGAUCCUCCUUCUGGUCAUUCCAAGUGCGACGUGCUACACAGGGAUACUGAUCAAGAAAUGUAUGGAAGCCGACGCCAACAUAAGAACCUAUCCUGAUAUAGGUGAAAAGGCGUUUGGUGCUAGAGGGAGACUCGUCGUCUCCAUUUUCAUGAAUCUUGAACUUUACUUGAUUACCAUAGGAUUCCUCAUACUCGUUGCGGAUAACUUGCACAAUAUGUUCCCUAAUCUCGAAGUCAGCAUGCAAGGGUGGUUCGUCAUCAAUGGCCAUCAAACAUGUCUUCUGUUAGCUGCAGUCAUAAUCAUGCCUACUGUUUGGAUACAUAAUCUCACCACUCUAUCAUAUGUAUCUGCUACUGGGAUCGUGGCUACCCUUGUCAUAGCAGGUUCAGUUGUCUGGUCGGGGGCAUUUGAUGGCGUUGGAUUCAAUCAGAAAGGAGUGCUUUUCAACUGGAGUGGGCUACCUACUAGUUUGAGUCUGUACACACUCUGUUACUGUAGUCAUCCUAUCUUCCCCACUCUCUAUACUUCCAUGAGAAACAGGAAACAGUUCGAAUGGGUUUUGAUCCUAUGUUUUGUGAUAAAUACGGCUGUUUGCGUAUCAAUGGCCAUUUUAGGAUACCUAAUGUUCGGUUCGCAGCUGCAGUCUCAGAUAACUCUUAACCUUCCUACAAAUACACUGAGCGCUAAAGUAGCUACAUAUACGGCUCUAGUGAACCCUGUAGCUAAAUAUGCGCUGUUUCUAAAGCCUAUUGUCGAUGCAAUAGAGAGUCAGCUGUUGUCUGCGCAUGGCAAAAGGAUCUGCAGUGCAUUCACAGGAAGCUUGCUGCUAUGCACCACUCUCCUUGUAGCCCUAACCAUACCUUACUAUGGAAUUUUCAUGUCGUUUAUCGGAGCUUUCACAACGGUGAUAGGCUCGAUAUUGCUGCCAUGCUUCUGCUACCUGAGGAUUUGUGGAGCUUGUGUGGAUCUAGGAUUUGAGUUGGUGGUCAUUAGGUCCACUGUGUUGAUGGGGCUUCUUAUCCUAGUUGUUGGCACUUAUACAUGUCUGUUACAAAUAUUUGAGAAUCUAUACAUGUAG